AAGAGAAAAUAAUUGCAAACCAAAAAAACACACAGAGUGAGUGAGAGUGAGUGUGUGUAUGUGUGUGUAAAUUUAUGUUUUUGUUUUGCAACAAAAAAUGUUAUUAAAAAUGGAACAACAACAAGCGACGGCGUCGUUUAUAUCGUCGCUAAAUAUGUCACCAUUUUCAUUGCAAUUGGAACAGGAUCAGCCUUCCUCACCAGCUCUGGUAGCUGGUAAUAAUUCGAAUUCCAAUCAACAACAUCUAUUAAAUAAUAAUCAAAAUAAUAAUAACAACAACAACAACAAUAAUAACAAUAAUACGGAUAAUGAUUUAACUAAUGCCAAUGAUGAUUAUAGUUCUUAUACUUUACAUUUAACCAAUACAAGUCAUCAACAGCAGCAACAACAACAGCAGCAGCAACAACAACAUCAUCACCAGCAACAACAACAACAUCACUACCAUCAGCAACAACCUCAACACUACCAACAGCCACCUCAACAACAACAGCAGCAGCAACAGCAACAACAACAAAAUAUUGCCAAUAAUCCCAAUUUUCAAUAUUCCUACAUCUAUAACAUCGAUUCUCAAUAUAUUUUUCCCACAGGUUAUCAGGAUACCACCUCCUCCCAUUCACAACAGAGCGCCAAUGGCGGCAAUGGUCCUUCCUCAAAUCAAACCACCUCCAAUCCCUCAGCCGGCGUCUCCCUUAUAAAUGGGGUUGUCACUCUCAAUUCAGCCCAAAAUUCUGCCCUUAUCGGUAGUGCUGGUGGUGGCAGUAAUAAUGGCGGCUCUUCGGCUUCAUCAGCCUCAGGCACUUAUAUGUCCCUAUUGCCACCAAAUGUUGGUGCCACCAGCUCUUCCACCGGCCACUUAGUGGGUGGGGUUAAUGCUUUGGGCGGUGGCGGCGGUGGUGGUGGUACCAGUGCCUCUGCCACUGGCUCAACGCCUGAUGUUAUUGAUUUCAAACAUCUAUUCGAGGAACUGUGUCCUGUGUGUGGUGAUAAGGUCAGUGGCUAUCAUUAUGGUCUGCUGACGUGUGAAUCGUGUAAAGGUUUCUUUAAGCGUACAGUACAAAAUAAGAAAGUGUACACGUGUGUAGCGGAACGUUCGUGUCAUAUUGAUAAGACACAACGUAAGCGUUGUCCAUAUUGUCGUUUUCAAAAGUGUCUCGAAGUGGGCAUGAAAUUAGAAGCUGUGAGAGCCGAUCGUAUGCGCGGCGGUAGAAAUAAGUUUGGACCCAUGUACAAAAGAGAUCGAGCGCGAAAAUUGCAAGUGAUGCGACAACGACAAAUAGCAUUGCAGGCCUUACGAACGUCUAUGGGAACGGGAGAAAUCAAACCGACACCUCUAUCGCCCGGCUAUCAACAGGCCUAUACAAAUAUGAAUAUAAAACAAGAAAUACAAAUACCUCAGGUAUCCUCUCUAACACAAUCACCCGACUCAUCACCCAGCCCCAUUGCUAUUGCCUUAGGUCAGGUUAAUGCCAGCUCUGGUGUGAUAGCAACACCUAUGAAUGGCAGUAGUGGUGCUGGUGGUGGCGGAGGAGGCGGCGGCGGUGGUGGUGGCAAUAGUGGUAAUAACAACAGCAGCAAUACAAGUGAUGGCAUCAACCGCGUUGGUAGUGGCAGUGGUGGUGGCAGUGGUAAUUGCCAUGAAACUGGCACAGGAUCCUUACAAAGUGCCAGCGAUUCAAAAUUGUGCUUCGAUUCGGGCACACAUCCUUCUAGUACCGCCGAUUCCAUAAUAGAACCUCUAAGGGUCUCACCGAUGAUCAGGGAAUUUGUACAGUCAAUAGAUGACAGGGAAUGGCAAACGCAAUUAUUUGCGUUGCUGCAAAAACAAACGUACAAUCAAGUUGAAGUGGAUCUCUUUGAAUUAAUGUGUAAAGUUUUAGAUCAAAAUCUAUUUUCCCAAGUUGAUUGGGCCCGCAACACUGUGUUCUUUAAAGAUUUGAAGGUCGACGAUCAAAUGAAACUUCUACAACAUUCAUGGUCCGAUAUGUUAGUAUUGGAUCAUCUGCAUCAGCGCAUACACAAUGGCCUGCCGGACGAGACCCAACUGAAUAAUGGUCAAGUCUUUAAUCUCCUUAGUUUAGGCCUACUGGGCGUACCACAGCUCUCCGAUUAUUUCAAUGAAUUGCAAAAUAAAUUGCAAGAUUUGAAAUUUGAUAUGGGCGAUUAUGUGUGUAUGAAAUUUUUAAUUUUAUUAAAUCCAGAUGUACGAGGUAUUAUCAAUAAGAAAACUGUAUUGCAGGGUCACGAAAAUGUACAAGCAGCGUUAUUAGAUUAUACAUUAACGUGUUAUCCAUCUGUGACGGAUAAAUUUAGGAGGCUGUUAAGUAUACUGCCCGACAUACAUGCGAUGGCAGCGCGUGGUGAAGAGCACUUAUAUUCAAAACACUGCGCUGGCAGUGCACCCACACAAACGUUACUCAUGGAAAUGUUGCAUGCAAAAAGAAAAGUGUAAAAAAUGUUUAAAGCAAAGGCAACAUAUUAAAAAAAAAUAAAUUAAAUAAAACAUAAGGGGCGGGUAGAUACAUAUACAUAGUACAUAUAAAUAUAAGUUAAAACACAAAAAUCAUUUAAGAGAAAAGAAAAGUUAGCAACAAAUUUAAAGGUUUUAAACUAGAGAAAAAAAAUAUUUAAAAGAAAAACAAAAGCCAAGCUUAUAAAGGAGAAAGAAACUAUAUUUUUGUGACAAUUAUAAUAAAAAAAAAGAAAAUAUUUA